AUGUCAAGUUCAGUGAAGAACUCCUUCAAUCAAAUGGUUACAGUAGACGAUGACAGUACUAUUCAAAGAUCAAACUUAUCUGCUACCCUAUCAUCAUACACAUCAAAUGGGUCUUAUGUGACGUCUUCAACCACAUCUUCUAAUUCAACAUACCAUAGAACUCCCAGAGAAGUUCUAGAGGAUUUCAUAGAUUCAUUCAAGUCCUUUGACUACUCAACAUUACCUCCUGUUUAUAACAACAUCAGUGACCAAGAAAGUCAUCUUCAGGUCAACCCCGCCAACCCCAAUUUCGAUUACUCCCGUUUCACACAACUUGAAAGAGAUGCCCUAAUAACAUCUUGUUCCCCUUUAUCAAAAAGACUACGUACAAGGCAUUUGACUUGGAUUUCUUUAGGAGCUUCUAUUGGUACUGGUUUACUUAUUUCUUCAGGAAGUUCUUUGGCUCAUGCUGGUCCCUUGGGUUUAGUACUCGUGUGGCUUUUUGUGGGGUCAGUGAUAUUUGCAACUAUGUCUUCGUUAUCAGAACUAGCAACAGCAUUCCCUGUAUCUGGAUCAUUUACCACUUAUUGUUCCUUGUUUAUUGACAAGAGUGUCAGUUUUGCCAUUUCCUGGAAUUAUGCCUUGCAGUGGUUGGUCACCCUACCGUUGCAAAUUAUCGCCGCAUCACUCGCAGUACAAUAUUGGACCACAUCAAUCCAUCCCGCGGUAUUUGUUACCAUUUUUUAUGUGGUGAUCGUGAUAAUAAACCUUUUUGGAGUGUAUGGAUAUGCCGAAAUUGAAAUGGCCAUCAGUAUUAUCAAAGUAAUUGCCGUGAUUGGCUUUAAUAUCUUAUCUAUAAUUAUUGUCACAGGUGGCGUUCCAGGUCAACCAUAUAUCGGUGCAAAAAAUUGGCAAAAACCUGCUGGUGGGUUAUUCAACACCGUGGAACCUUUUAAACAAUUAUGUUAUAUUGUUACUAAUGUUGCAUUUGCCUAUGCCGGGGUAGAACUAUUUGGUUUGGCUGCUGUUGAAAGUUCAACUCCGAAGAAAUCGAUUAAUCAAGCAAGAAAACAGAUUUUUUACCGUUUGUUGGUUUUCUAUAUUUUGACCAUUAUCUUGAUUGGAUUUGUCGUGUCCUAUAAACUUCCCGAGUUACAAGAUACCGGAAGAUUUGGGUCCAGUGUCAACGGUUCUCCGUUUGUAAUUGCUAUAAAGCAUGCCAAAAUCAACGCCUUACCAUCGAUUAUGAAUGCUGUUGUUAUUUUAACGGUUCUUUCGGUUGGUAAUGCUUCUGUUUAUGCAUCUACCAGAGUAUUAUGUGCCAUUGGUGCUUUACAACAAGGUCCAAGCUUCUUAAGUUUUAUUGAUAGAAAGGGUCGUCCUAUGGGAUGUUUGUUGGUACAGUUUGCCUUUGGGUUGUUGGCUUAUUUGAUAUGUAUUCCAGGAGAAGAUACAUCGGUGCAAAUUUUUGAUUGGUUAUUGAGUUUAUCGGGGUUAGGAGCCCUAUUUACAUAUUUAUCGAUCAAUAUUUGCCAAUUGAGAUUCAACCGAGCAUUAAAACAUCAGGCCAGAAUACCCAAAGAUGAAUUAUUAUACGUAUCUCCAUUAUGGUGCUCAUGGUACGGAAUUGUGACAAUUGUGGCCAUCUUGGGGUUGCAAUUCUGGGCAGCGUUAUUUCCACCAGGUAAACAUAAGGCAGAUGUCGAAGGAUUCUUCAAGAUAUAUCUCGGAGGACCGAUUUUGUUUCUUUGUUGGUUGGGCCAUAAAAUCUUUGCCUGUUAUUAUCACAAAACACCACUAACCAAAUUUUGGUUUACCGUUGAAGAAAUAGAUGUGGAUACUGGUAGAAGACAAGUUGAUUUAGAGGCAGUCAAACAAGAAAUAGCAGAGGAACGUAUUGUCAUGGAAUCAAAACCAUGGUGGUAUAAAGUUUACAAGACAUUCUGUUAG